GCGCAGAGGCUCACGCGCCCCGUUAGCUCCGGUUAGCUCCGAGCUAAAGCUAAAGCCGCGGGUGUAAAAUGUGUGAGAAGAGGCGCAGACUCAGAGCUCUGGUGUCCGACAGACUCUCUGCGGCCGCGGACGAGAUCUGUGCUCUGCUGGAGACGAUCAUAGCGGAGUAUGAAGAAGAACUGCGCCGCUCCAGAGAGGAGAACCAAAGGAACCAGAAGAACCAGAGGAACCCGGAGCUCCUGGACCCGACUCUGCGGCCUCAGGUCCGACUCCACCGGACGGAGGACGUCCACAUAAAGACGGAGAAGCCGGAGCCCGACCGCAGUCCGGACCCGCCCGACGCCCGGAGCCUCGUCCCGCCGCAGACGCAGCUCCCAGAGGAACCGGAAGAACCCGAGGACUGGAGCCCGGACUGGGAGCCUCGGGUCGGCGAACCCCGCGCCGGCGGCUCAGCGCAGCUCCUCCACUCGGACGAAGAAACCGACGAAUGCAACCGGGUCCACGACGUGUCCGCGGAAACGCCCAGAACCACGAGGACCAACGCCAAAUGUGACGGCGAAGGGAAACGGAAGCACGAGUGUCCGAUCUGUCAGAAGAAACUUGGGAGGAAACAGGAGCUGAAGAGACACAUGCUGCUCCACACGGGGGAGAAACCUUUCAGCUGUCCCGUUUGCGAAAAGAGGUUUAUUCAGAAAAGCAAUCUCAAAUCUCACAUCGUCACGCAUCUCGAUUCCGUGGACACAAUAAUCCGGCACCAGAAGGCGAGCGAGGCGAGCGGAGAGGACAGAGGAGGAGGAGAAGGAGCGGAGGAAGACGAGUGGAGAGGAGCAGACGACGACAAACUCAUGGAGCAGCUCUCCGACUCUGAGAACGACGAAGACUGGCCUCGGGUGAUGGAGGGACCCUGCAGCAGUUCAGCUCAGCAGGACGAGGGCGACGGCGGGACACUCGAGCGGCUCAGCUUUUUACUCAACCAGGCGCUGAACGAAAGCAAAGAGCGAGGACAGACCACGGUUUACCAGUGUCCCAUCUGUGACAAAGUCUUCGGGCGAAUGGAGAACCUGAGGAGACACAUUUUGGUGCACACGGGGGAGAAGGCUUUCAGCUGUCCCGUCUGUAACAAACAGUUCACCCUGAAGCAGCACCUGAAGCUCCACAUGGUCCUCCACACCAGAGACAAACAGUUCAGCUGCUCGGUCUGCUCCAAGACCUUCAUCCGCAAAGACAACCUACGCUCCCACAUGAGGAUCCACUCGGCGGACAGACCUUUCGGGUGCUCGGAGUGCGGCGCGCGGUUCUUCUCGGGCGCGGACCUGGAGCGGCACACGAGUGUUCACACCGCGGAGAGACCUUUCGUGUGUUCGGUCUGUAACGCCAACUUUUUAACGCGGCGGCACCUCACCCGACACGAGAAGAUUCACAAAAAAGAGACGCAGAAACCCGACGGAGGCGUUUAGUCGCAGUUUGCGCUCGAAGAACUUUUGCAUCUGGGGUGAAUGUGAAGGAGUUUGUUUGAACGGAGCAGUGAAUGUUUCCUCGGUGAAGUCGCCUCCAUCAAAAGCAAAAUACACAAAAACUGUCUUUCGUUUGUGCUGCUUCAGUUUUGAAAGAUACUAACAAUUCUUUUUUAGGUCAAAUUAGAAUCAGCCGCCUCCAGGAAACUUCGAAAUGUUCGAAAACGACACAAAAUUGAGUCAGUCGUUGCUUCAUUUGUGCUGCAAAAAGUUUAAUUUGUGUGAUUCUGUUUCUUCAGAUAUUCUCAGUUUUAUUUUGGAGCAACGACGUCGUCCAGCCCCAAAACAGCAGAAAAUUAAACCAAACGUUUGUGUUUCAUUUGUGCGAGUUUAUUUCUAAAAUGAUUAAUUUUAGGCAGUGGAAAAGUCGGUGUCAGUCUUUAGUAAGUCGCUUUUGAUUCGUAUUUUAUUUAAUAAUUCAGAUUUUUCCACAGUCUCAGAUAAUUUCUCUUCAAAAGCACAAACUACACAAAAACUAUGUCUGUCGUUUGUGUUUUGGAGAUAUUAACGAUUCUUUUUUAGAUCAAAUUGGAAUCAGAAGCUCCCAGGAAACUUCAAAAUGCUCUAAAAUGACACAAAAUGGAGUCAAUCGUUUGUGUUUCGUUUGUGCUGUAAAAGUUUAAUUUGUGUGAUUUUUGUUUCUUCAGAUCUGAACAGUUUUAUUUUUAGGCCAACGACGACGUCCAGCUCCUCAAAAUGUGAAACGGCCUCAAAACGGCAGAAAAUUAAAUCGAACUUUCGUAUUUGGUUUGUGCUGUGACAGUUUUCAUUUGUGAGUUUGUUUCUAAAAAUGAUUCAUUAUUAUUUUUGCGGAAUUUCUAUGAGGUCAUUUCUGCUCAGCUUCGUUUUUUUUUUUUUUUUUUCAAUUAAGAAUGAAAAGCAAUAAAAUGUGAAAACGUGUGAAAAUGUGAAAAGUUUUUUAUUUCAUUUUUCUGUUUUUGUGUUAAACAUAUUUCCACCUCGAUUUCCAGUAUUUAAUUUAAAGUUUAUUGAAAGUCAGAACUCACCUGAAAAAAUCAUUGCAGUUUUGUGACAAACACGUCGUUUUCUUUUAUGGCGACGUGUUUUUAUUUUUAUUUUCACGUCUUAGAAAGUCACUGUUGUUAUUGUUGAUCCAUGAUGAGAAACAAGAAGCGAUAACGACGAGAUGAUAAACUUUGUUCAGGUGAAUAAAUAGAACUAGAAUAAAAAUAUUUUUUAUUAUAGAUCCAUGGUCGACACUGCAGCAAAACUCUCUGGAUAAAUAAACCAGAAAGAAUAAAAUAUCAACGUCAAAACAGGCACCAAAACUGUUUUUUUAAUUGGUGUGAUUUGAAAUAAACUUUAAAUUAAAUAUUGGAAAUAAAAGUUGAAAUCUGUUUUGGGUUUUUUUUUUGUUUUUUUACACUAAAAUGGAAAAAUUAAACUUUUUCAGAUUUUAUUGUUUUUCGUUCUCAAUUGAAAUUCAAAAUAAUGACUGGUGCACACUAGGGACGGGCAUGAUUAAUCGAUAAUUGAUCAUUAAGAAUUUCAUCGAUUACGUUGAUUUUAAUGGACAAACUGAAUGUAUGUUUGUGUGUCGUGACCAAACAGGUGUGUACAUGUGUCUCUGCAUCAGAAGGAGCGAGACACAAACAGUGGGUCAGUCUGUAACGAACCGAAGCACAAAUGUGGAUUUAACCAGGAUUUGUAGAAGAAAUUCCACACUUUCCGUUGCGUUGGGACAAGUGUGAGUCCAUGUGCACAGUGGAUAAAGCAGCACAUAUGUUUCUGUGUCCAGUGGGAAAAAGUUUUUCCAGGUGAGAGUCGCUCAAUGUGGAUGACGAGGCCCCGCCCCCCUCCCCCCGUACGCUGUCCUGGUUUUGACAAACACAAAUCUGGUCACACUGACCUGUAUUCACCUGAGUCAUGUCUUUUAAUCCAACACAAGUUGAACCACAUCAGCGACACAAGAGCUGGAGUUUUAUCUUCACUUAGUUUAUGUAAAUUAGUGAUGUGGUUUUAAGUUUUGUUUCUGUGAGAUUUGAACAAAACUGAAUUAAACACAUUAUAAUGUCAAACAGCUGAUGUGGAUCUAGAGUCGUUAUGUUUAUAUGUGGUAAAGUUGAAUUUAUUGAUGCAGAUUAGUGCAGAUAGUAAUAAUAAUGAUGAUCAUUUUAAUAUAAAAACGUUCAUGAUUGAUCGAUAAUCGAUCGUUAAUUCUUCCGACGAUCGAUUAAGAACAUUUCAUCGAAUGCCCGUCCCUAGUUCACACACAGACCUGACAACAGCAACUUUAAGAAAACUUCACAAAAUUCAUGAAGAGAAACGACCUGAGUCUGUGGAAAAGUCUGGAUCCGUCUGUAGUGACUUCAUAUUUUAUUUCCGUCGUUUCUCUUCUUUAGUUUUGUGGAGUUUUGUUAAAGUCGCCGUCGUCCGUUGAGCAGAAAUGACCUGACAUCGUUUACACAAAAAUAAUAAUGAAGAAUUUUAGAAACAAACUCACACAAAUGAAAAAAACUGUCAUACAAAACAACACAAACGAAACACAAACAUUUGAUUUAAUUUUCUGCCGUUUUGAGGCCGUUUCACAUUUUGAGGAGCUGGACGACGUCAUCGACCCAAAAUAAAACUGUUCAUGUCGUAGUAGUUGUAGUUUAUUUUUUAGUUUUGACUUGUUUUGUUUUGUAGAGCUGCAAAAAACAAAACACAGACUCCAGUUCCAUGGAUCCUGACCGAAAGAGUUCAGGCUGAAGUAAAAAGUUCGUCUAACACCAAAACUCUUUAAACAACGAUAGAAAAUUAAAUAUAAGAGACAAAAUGAAAAGCGUAAAUCAUUCAUUCCAGAGGUCAAAAUCUUCUUCUUUUUUUUUUUUUUUAAAGCUUCUACAGUGUUAGACUUUUUAAAAUCAUCACUCAGACCUAAAACACAAUCACUUUUUUUUUUUUUAUUAGUUCUUAAUUUCUUUAAAGAUGCAGUUUUUUCCGUUGAUGAUCGUACAAAAUAAACCAGAGAAUGAAGAAUAUUUUUGUUGUUGUUUAUGGUCGUACAAACUAAUAACAAUGAUAAAGAAAGAACAAAAUUCACCGUUUAUGAUCGUUUCAAAAUAAAAGUUCACGUUAAAGAAAAGUCUGUGUUUUGUUAAUAGCUGUUUUGAAGUGCUCCAAGUUCGUACAAGUUUUGAUUUGGUCGUCUAAACCAGGGCUGAUUUUCUACUAAAAUAUUUGAAUGAUAUUUUCUAUUAAAAUGUUGUUAAUUUUCUGUGGUGUUUAUCACAGCAGCGUCUCCAGCGUCUCUGUACGUGGCCCCUCCCACCAGAGCAGCACAAAUGAAGACUUGUCUCUUUCCAAACGCUCUUAAAGGACGAUCGUUUUGACUGUUGACCGUGACACCCUCAUCAGAAAAAUGUCCAACAUGAGAAAAGUGGAGCCGAGUGCAGGAUUUUACAACAAAAAUGAACUUAUUCCUGUUUACAGACAAGUUCAUGUUCAAACUUUGUGUUGAAAUUGUAUUUUUCUUGAAGUUUCAGGUUGUUCAUAAUAUUAUAAUAUUUUGUAAAAGAAAGAGAUCAUCAAUUAAAAAAGAUUUCUGGGUAACACUUUAUAAUAACUACACCUUAUUUAGCCUUAAUAAAGCAUGAACAAAGACUUAAUUAAUAAUGAUUCACACUUAGUAAAUGUUUAAUAAAGGAUAAUUAUUCUUCACUUUAGAAAAACUCUCAAAAAGACUUAACUAACAGAUAACAGCUGCAUGAAUGAUCAUUGCAUUGUAUUGUGUUAUUAGUAAAUCAUUCUCAUAGUUUAUUAAUGAUUAAUAAAUGCUCAAAUGGUUAGUUCAUGAGUAAUUAAGUAUGAAAUAAUUAUGAGUAACUAUUUACAGCACAGGCAAAUUAAGUGCAAGUGCUAAUUAAGGUAGUAAUAAAGUAGUUACUAAGUGUGAAUCAUUAUUAAUUAAGUCUUUGUUCAUUAUUAAUUAAGUCUUUGUUCAUGCUUUAUUAAGGCUAAAUAAGGUGUAGUUAUUAUAAAGUGUUACCGAUUUGUGUAAUAGAUUUGUGUUUCUCUGCACAAAUAUUUGAACUUAUUGUUAUUUUUGGGGUUUAUACGACAUGAGUUUUCUGAUCCGGACACUUUGGGAACAAAGUCGGUUGGACACGACGCCUGGAACAAAAUGAGUUUUUAACACUCCUGAUCUAAACUAUUCUAUAACUCUGCUCCGCGUCUGUAACACAUUAAAAUCUUAAUAAUCGCACAAACAGAACUUUUUGCAGCACGAUUGACGAUUGACUCCAUUUUGUGUCAUUUUAUUUUAUUUUGAAGUUUUCUGGAGCUGCUGAUCCCAGUUUGACCUGUAAAAAAAUCAUUAAUAUCUCCAAAACUAAAACAGCACAAACGAUUUAUGUAAUUUUUGUGUCGUUUGAGUUUGAUGUGUCGACUUCACACAGGUGUUUUACGUUUGGGAUUGUUCAGAAUUUCAUUUCAUUCUCGACAAGAUGUUUUUUUUUUAUUUUUUUUUAUUUGAGUUGAACUGGACGAAGUGCAGGAGGCACAGAUGUUAAAAAGAUUUAUUACUGAUGUUUACUAUUUUUUAAAAUCGAUUUCUGUUCAAUUAAACCUAAAUUUAAAGCGCA